CCCACACUUUCAACUGAGCUUCGUCAAUAUUUGUACCGUGUACAAUAAUAGACCAAUCUCGUUCCUGAGCCAACAUACAUCACAAUGGCGGAUAUUGAUGCAGGCAACCUCUUCAACGUCAAAGGCUUGAUAGCCGUAGUUACUGGAGGAGGGACAGGUAUCGGCUUGAUGAUUGCUCAAGCCUUGGAGGCCAAUGGUGCAAUUGUCUACAUCCUCGGACGACGAGAGGAGGUUUUGAAGGAGGCUGCGGCUACAGCGAAACAUGGCAACAUCUAUUACUUCAAAGCAGAUGUAACUUCGAAGCCGGAUCUUGCCGCGGCGGCCAAUUAUAUCGCUGAAAAAACCGGCUACGUCAACGUUGUAGUUGCAAACUCCGGCAUCAUUGGCCCAACAAUGCGUUAUUUGAAAGAUGAUGCAACGCUGAAGGAAACGCAAGACUACCUAUGGAACUGGGACUCAGACGAGUUCAACCAGGCAUAUAACGUCAAUGUCAACGGAGCCUUCUUCACUGCUAUCGCGUUCCUUGAAUUGCUAGAUAAGGGCAACAAGACUGGCAAUGUCGAGCAAGAUAGCCAGUUCAUCUGUGUCAGUAGUGCUGGGGCUUUCAGUCGUGUUCUAAUGUCGGGUUUCGCAUAUGCGGGCUCAAAAGCAGCAGUUAUACACAUCACGAAGCAGCUCGCCACUAAGCUAGUGCCAUUCGGCAUCCGCUGCAACGUCCUUGCACCUGGGUUGUACCCAAGUGAGAUUACUGCCGACAUGAACUUCAAAGAGUCUUAUCCGAGAGAAUUUCUUCCACAGCAAAGAGUUGGAGACCGCAAGGAUAUGGCGGGAGCUUUGUUGUUCCUGACGAGUAGAGCGGGUGCCUAUAUCAACGGGAAUGUUUUGCUCACAGAUGGCGGACGACUGAGUGUCCUACCAGCCACCUACUGAUCCAAUCUAUAGCUGUAUGAAGAGCUGUAUGAAGAGCUUCAAUGGCUCAUCCAAAUAGAAGGGCUUGAUGAAAUAGAAUUCUCUCAAUGAUGUCUCCUUAGUGUAUAUGUGGCACGGAAUAUAGAAUUCCGGCCGAGGAACGGCAUGCUAGAUAUGUGUAGAUUUCGCUAAACAUUACACCAAAUCACCUAGAUACGAUGGGAUCUUUUGUUGGCAAGGUCCAAGUCCGUGGG